UGGGCGAAAGUAUUUGCCUCACUGAUCGACCAAACUACUUACUCCCAGUAUAAAACGCGCGACCCCGUCUCUCACAGCACACUCCUGCACAGCCUUCGCUGAACAUCAAACCAGCGAUAUGCGGCUAUUGAGAUCUUCCUUCAUCCUGGCCGUGGCUAUAAGCCUGGCCACGGCAGAGGAAAAGGCGGAGAAAGACACCAAGGCUGAACCAACACCAGUCGAAGAAAAGAAACAAGACAAGAGAGGACUCUCGGAAUACUACGGCGACCAUGGAGGCUUUGGAGACGGCGGAUACGGUGGCAGCAGUGGUGGAGACUUCGGAGGAUACGAAGGAGGAGGCGACGAAGGCUAUGGCCAUGAACACCAUGAAAAAACCAUCACUGUAGUCAAGAAAGUCCCCGUCCCCUACCCAGUGGAGAAGCACAUCCCAGUGCCAGUAGAGAAACACGUUCCAUACCCAGUGAAAGUGCACGUACCACAGCCAUACCCAGUCUACAAAACCGUACACUUCCCAGUCAAGGAGACCAUCAAAGUGCCAGAAUACAUCCCCAAGCCGUACCCAGUGACCAAACACGUCCCCGUAGCAGUGAAAGUGCCAGUCGACAGGCCAGUCCCAGUCAAGGUCUACGAGCACGUUCCUUACCCAGUGGAGAAGCACAUUCCCGUGCCAGUUGAAGUACACGUACCCCACCCGUACCCAGUACAGAAGGAAGUGCCUUUCCCAGUCAAGGUUCCAGUCAAGGUGCACGUUCCUUACCCGGUUGAAAAGAUCGUUCACUACCCCGUGAAAGUGCCCGUGGACCACCCCAGACCCGUCCACAUUGAGAAACCAGUCCCCGUGCCAGUCGAGAAGCCAGUGCCUUACCCAGUGGAGAAGCCAGUGCCCUACCCCGUGAAGGUGCACGUUGAUAACCCAGUGCCAGUCCAUGUUGAGAAACACGUGCCAGUGCCUGUCAAGGUACCAGUGCCUGCUCCUUAUCCCGUAGAGAAAGUCAUCCCUUACCCCGUAGAGAAGAAGGUUCCCAUCCCAGUACAUAUCCCAGUGGACAGACCUUACCCCGUACACAUCGAGAAGCAUGUGCCUUACAAAGUCGAGAAACACGUGCCUUAUCCAGUCAAAAUUCCAGUUCCAAUAGUCCACGAGGAGCAUGGAUGGAAUGAGGGCUCUCAGGGUGGUCACGGAGGUAGCAGCUAUGGAGGAAGCAGCUACGGAGGAAGCAGCUACGGAGGAGGUUUCGAAGGAGGCUACGGAGGUGGUCACUUAGACGGUGGUCACUUUGAAGGUAGUCACUUUGAAGGUGGUCACUUUGAAGGCUCUGAGGACAGCGGCGACUACCACCACUAAGAACUGAUCUCUUUGUUUUUUUUUUGUAGAUAGCUUUAAAUGUUGAUUUGUGUUUAGAAAAUUUAUUAAGUAAUAAUUUUAUUUUAACUUUUACCACAUGACUGGAUAUGUAAAUAUACUACCGAAAGUAUUAUAAAAUACAUUCUCGAAAUGUUUA